AUGUACGAUGAUGUCCGUCUAGGUCUCCUCAACGGAGAUAUACUGCUGGAUACUUAUACGCUUGGAUUGCCUACACAUGACUUCGGAAGCAAAGCCUACCCUCAGAAUUCGUUCGGCAUCGGUGCACGCUCCAAGCUUCUGAACACGCUGCAAAGCGUAGGGCAUAUUGCGUCGUCGUCGUACUCGUACUUCAAUGGACAUGCUAAUGUCGCUGACCCAAGCAGAAGCGUCGACGGCCGGGUCGUUCUCGGCGGGUAUGAUGCAGCCCUCAAUGGCGGCGGCCCACACAUUAGCAACCCGAUGGUAGCGCCUACACCGCGCUGCCCUAUCGGUAUGUGGGUCGAUGUGGAAGACUUACUCCUCACCUUCGCCAACGGCACGAUGCCAAGUCUGUCCCAGCAACAGCUUCUCCGAGCAUGCGUGUCAGUGAGCGAGCAAUACAUCAUGUCGGUCCCCAUUGGUCCUUACUGUGACCGUUUCGCGGACUACGUGGGGACCGGGUGGCGGGGUUACUCAGGCAGCGUGAUCAACGACCUUGGAACCCUGUAUGAUGCCGAUAUGGUCUACCGCGGCGGUCUUCAUAUCAGACUCUCGCCCAACGUCACCAUCGAACUCACCCACUCCAUGCUCGUGACCUUCGAGCAAGACGUUGGUCCCAGUGGCGCUAUCGAUACAGAUUUCUUGACUGCAGAAGUUUUGAUUUUCCCUUUUGCAGAUGCCAGCAUGAGUCCAGUAAUUGGCCGCCAAUGCUUCUCAGCCGCCCAGCUCUUCGUCGACUACGAGGCCAACACCUUCAUCUCGCCUGCUGUACAGAACGCUGCCAGCGACCUUGUGGCGGUAGGAAAGGACUGCGCCGUCAAGAAUAGCGGCAGCAGCGUGGGCGGCGGCACUGGACUCGAAUACAACGCUACCAGCGAAAAGUAUAGUUCGCAAGCGGGGCUAUCUGGCGGCACAAUCGCAGGCAUUGCCAUUGGCGCCAUGGCCAUCCUUGCGCUCAUAGCAGCGGCAGUAUUCUUCACCAUGAAACGUCGGCGAAGACGUUCUGAUCUGGCAAAGGCAAUGUCGUCCUCUGUCGAGUCGUAUGAGUCCAUGAGCGAACUGUCGCCGACUGCUGAAGCGCCGGCGGAGGUGCCGGCGGAUUCACCGCGUCGGGAAUUGGAAUCUGAAGGGGUCAUGAGGCAUGAACUUGAUGCGCCGCGGCAGAGGGUGGAGUUGGGCUGA